GGUCCAUCCUGAUCGUAUUAAUGAAAACACUGCGCUGUGCUACCAUGGUCUAAUAUCAUUUCACAACCCAGAAAACGCGAACAAUGCCAGAGAAUAUUUCACCUUAUGCAGUCUUUACUGCUCUUUUUCUGUCUGUUGCCGUAACCAAAUAUCUGAAGAGACCUAAUCUUGAUAGUAUUCCAACAGUUGGCCCCGGUGGCGUGCUCACAUCCUACUGGGGGGCUUUCAAGUGGCUCUUGCAUGGCCGAGAGAUGUUACAAGAAGGAUACACCAACUAUCAAGGCAGGGCGUUCAAGGUUCCGGAUUUACUCUCCUGGGUUGUCAUCGUGAGCGGCCCCAAGCUCGUUGAUGAGAUUCGAAAAGUUCCAGAUGAUCAUCUUUCAGCCCUUGAAGCAUUUAGCGAUGUUUUGAAACCUGAUUACACUCUGGGUCGCGAGACGGUCCAUAACACUUACCAUAUACCAAUUAUCCGAAAUCGGCUCACUCGUGAUCUUCCUGCUCGAUUCUCGGACAUCCUAGACGAAAUUAAGACCUCUCUCAAUGACAAUCUUAAAUUAAGUGGUAACAAAUGGACAAGCGUGCCUGCAUUUGAUACAAUGACACGAGUCAUUUGUCAAACAACCAAUCGUGUCUAUGUUGGCCUCCCUCUAUGUCGUGAUCCUGAUUGGAUUGACCUGGCUUCCGGAUACACCGUCGCUGUUGCCACCGCGGCAACUGUAAUUGGGUUUUUCCCUGAAUUCAUGGCCCCCGUCGUAGGUAGAUUACUUUCGAGCUCUGGGUCCAUACGGCGCGGGAUGAAGCACCUGCGGCCUGUCAUAGAGGAGCGCCAAAAGAACCUGGACAAGUAUGGGAGUGACUGGGACGAAAAGCCUGGUGACUUACUAUCCAUGCUCAUGGACGAAGCCAAGGGGGAAGAACGUUCAGUCGAGGGUCUCACCAGGCGUAUCCUAGCCAUCAAUAUGAUCUCAAUCCAAGUAUUAUCAGUUGAAUUUACGCAUGCGCUAUUUCAUUUAGCUGCAAACCCUCGAUAUAUUGGAUUACUACGCGAAGAAAUUGAAGCUAUCGUAGAGGAAGAGGGCUGGUCAAAGGGUGCGUUGGCGAGGAUGGAAAAGGUGGAUGGUUUCUUGAAAGAAUCGUUGAGAUUAGAGGGCAUUGCUCUCAUAUCUAUGCUCCGCAAGGCUGUCAAAGAUUUCACGCUCGCCGAUGGAACCUUCAUACCGGCUGGUACUAUGAUAGCUGUCGCGACGUCUCCUACACACCACGACAAAGAAAUAUAUAAAAAUCCCGAUGUAUUCGAUCCUUCCCGGUUUAUCAACGAUAAACAAGAGGGGAAGCAAGCUUCGGAUCAGAUGGUCUCCACUAGUCCGAGUUAUCUAGCUUUUGGGCACGGGAAAAAUGCUUGUCCCGGACGUUUUUUUGCUGCAACGGAGCUGAAAGCGAUGCUGGCACACAUUGUUACGACAUACGAUAUCAAGUUCAAGGACGAGGGUGUGCGACCAGCUAAUGUAAAUUUCAGUAUAGCCAAUCUGCCCAACGAAAAGGCACAUAUUAUGUUCAGGAAACGCGUAGAUUAAUGGUUUACACACCACUAGGUCAGAUGUAUCACUAGUUCGAUCAUAUUACUGUAUCAUCACAACUCCCCACUCAUAUGACACCUCAUUCACAUAACUCCCCACUCAUACCUUAAACGAGCCUUAUAUUUAUGUUCGACAAUAAUUCGCUUUCCGUAUUCUUGUACAUGGUCUGAUAUUCUCGUCAUGGACUACAACUAAGGUGGGCCUCGGAAGCCUAACCCCGGUGUGCUCAUAAUCCUAGGAAAAUCUGCGGCAAUGGUGCGACUCAUUAAUUCCAAGAAAGUACGUCCAUCGUCCGGGCCUUUGCUUUCAAACUCGAUCAGCUUCGUCUCGGUGUCAUCUCCAUACUCUGCAUUAAGCUGCCUCAAAAUAACGUGCCGACUAAGGCUAGGCAUGUGGCCCAUGAUCUUGAUCAUAUACUGCGCAAUUGCCUCGAGCCCCUGCUUGCUUUCCUCCGACAUGGCGCUCAGACGCAGAAUUCGGAAUGUCAACUUCGUGGUGAAAUCAUGGACAGCGAAUCGAACUGGCUGUCCGCCUUCGUUGAAUAAAAAGUAGUCUGCGCUCUUGUCUGCAUCGAUCAUGGACAUCUGACGCUUAAGUGCUGCUGACCGCGGAUAAUGAGCUGUUCCAGAACCAAGGGAGGUGAUGCUGGCACAGCCAUCCGAGUCCGUUGGGAUUUCCUUCACUAGAUUGGGAACUUUUUUGAAAGCCCACAUACGGUCUCCAGCGGUGCCUGGAAGGCCUUUUGAAACUUUCUUCUUUCCGCAAUGUUUUUUGUGUCUGGGCCAGUCGCCUGCCUGACAUUUUUGUGGGCAAUAGUGAAUAUCGAAAUUCAAUUUCGAUCUACAGGCGCUGCACACCAUGAACCGGAUAUUAGGUCCAAGUUCUUCAGUACCCAGGGUGCAAUUUUCGCAGCGAAUGAUUGGUUUGUCACGCAAGUCUUUCCUCGUUGCCGCUAAUCCAGCUGCGAACGAUGGGCCCACGUUCUUCAUUAUGU